UUUCUGAUUGACGUGUGCUUCACAUAUGCUAAGUUUUUGGUAAUGUUUUGCUAACUUCAAAGCGAUUCUGCUUUGAGGUUGUUAUGUUAUAUCGAUAAAGAUUUGUUUGUUAAUGUUUUUUUUUGCGAAACGUCUGUGAAGACCCGUUAUUCGAGUGGCAGCUUCAUAGAGGACAGAGGUCGUGAUGUCUGUCUCUACUGUCAUUGAGGAUGUUGAGGAUGAUGUGGAGUUUGUAUCUGAAGGUCCUCUGAGACCAGUGUUGGAAUGCAUAGAUCUGCUGAGUGAUGCUGAAGAUGAAGCUGGUGGAUCUGCUGCAGACACUAUUGAGAAACAGGUUGACAAGCAGAGAGCUCAUGCUGUAUCCACGCUGGACAGACUGGCAAGGCAGGUUGCUGUAGAGAAACAGGAGAGGGCUGAAAAGUGUAAAGCUUUUAAGGAGAAGAUGAUUUCACAGCAAGCACAUGGACGUCAUGAGCUGACAGUCAGUCGUACUAAUAGUGAGAGUGGCGAUGCCAAGCGUUGUGUGGAUAUAUGGCUAAAAAUGCCUGGAUUAAAGCCGGGUUUCAUUAACUCCGGCUCUCACUGGAGACGCAGAUCAGCACCUACUCCAGUAAGGAUUUCCCCUCAAACCUGUCCGGUCAUCAACUGCGGCAGAGUCUAUGAUAAUGUUCCUUUGCUUGAGGGUCAUCUGAAAAGGUUUGAUCAUUCACCCUGUGACCCCACCAUCACACUGAAGGGCUGCCCAUCUUCUUCUGUUUAUGCCUGUUUGGCCUGUGCCAACCACUUUAGCUCUAAGGUAUCCUGGAGAGAUCAUGUGGAAUCUAAGGUGUCCUCCUCUGACGGCGAUGGUCACAGCAUUUCUCAGAGCUAUCAGCUGAUCGUAUGCUUUGCAUGUCCUGCCUGCUACCUUCUAUUCAAUAUCGGGGAUGAAUGCCUCCAGCAUAUGUCAGCCAAAAACCACUUCACUCAGUCCAUCUCUCUCUCUGAAGUUAAGACAUCAGCUGUGCCUGUACCAAUUCCACGAUACGCCAAAAACCGCUUGAUCGCUCUCUGUAAGGAUAUCAGCUUCAAAGUCAAAUGUACAGUCUGCUCUAAAGUUCUCUCCUCACAUAUGGAGGCAAGAGCACAUUUCAAUGUGCACUGCAGACACGGCUGUGCCAUCGCAACUGCGGAUCAAAGCGUGGCUGACGUCAUGAGGAAGAUGGCGGUUGUGGGUCAGUGCUCCUCGUGCUUCAAACUCUUUCUCAGCUUGGGGAAGAUGGAAGAGCACAAAGAGCACACAAAACAUGAGGUAGAGCCCAUCAGAAGUAUGGAGAGAGCCCUUCUGUACUACAGCAACUACGGUGAAAGCCGUAACACUCAGAAGGGAACAACAAAUCACCUGUCUAAACAUUUAAACAACACCUUGUUGUGGGGCGGCAAAAAGGAUCCCAAAGAUUUAGAAGAACCGUCAGCGAAGCGACAAAGACUGACCAGCUUAGACUCUCAGGUCCAAUCAGAAAGAAGGUCAAACUUUGCCUGGUUUUGCGAGUGUGGCUUACGCUUCACGGAAGAGGCGCAAGCGAACAAGCACCUCCAGGCAGCCAAUGAGAUCUUUCACAAAUGUGCCGUCUGUGGAAAGUUAAUGGGCGAGUCGUCCAUAACCCGCUUGCACAUGAGCAGGUUCCACGGAGGCGCCCACCUGUCCAAUUUCCUUUUCCACUGUAGACGCUGCAAGGUGGAAAUGCCGAGAAUGGAAGACAUCAUGGCUCAUAUUGGUGUGAGUCAUCGAGGUCACACUUACUACCAGGAAAGAGAAGACACCAUGGAUAACAGCGUCUCGUCUAGUGUGUCCCCUAAACCGUCCACCAGUUCUGAAACCGAAACUGCAUCUAGGCCAUCUAGUUCCUUCUCCGGCCCCCCUCCGAAGGCCGAAUGGUGGCUUUGUCGAAUGUGUGAGGAUCUCUUCGACUCUGAGGCAGCGGUUCGUCAACACUGCGGCGAUCUGAGCAGCCACAAUUUCCAGAGGUUCGCCUGCGGUCACUGCCCGCAGAAGUUUUUCAAAGACUCAACCUUGCGACGCCAUUGCACCAAUGAGCACGCCGGCGACAUAGUCCUCCGCUACUUCUGUGGUCUCUGCGACAGCAUACUGUACAACGACGAGAAGGAGUUUCAGGAACACUAUGACUGUUUGCACAGCCAGGAUUACUACCACUUGGAAACACCUGAGAACAAUUCCCGGGCAGCCACGGAAAAUACAGUCGAGAGUCCUCCAGCGACACAAGUAAAUCCUUCCCAGAUCUGUCCCUGCAUGAGCUCUGAGAAAUCCAAAGAAGAACGAAAGCAUAUUUAUACGAAAUGCAUGAAACAGCUUGCCAUUGACAGUAAAUGCGAAUACGUCUGUCGGCAGUGCGACAGAAAGACGUCGACCUAUGCAGAGAUGAAGACGCAUGUACACAUUAAACAUGAGGGGAAUGAAAAAAGCUUCAAUAUUUUGUGCACCGUAUGCACAGACAGUUACAAAGAUGUACCCGGCUUUCAUUCACACUAUCAUAAGCAGCACUGUCAGUUAGAGCCCUGUGUUUGUAACCGACCCAUUGAUGCAGACAAAAAACAUACCGACACCUCCAACAUUAUAACCACAGAAGAGAUCUUCCCUGAGACUAAUGAUGAGUUUCGGGAUGUAAAGAUGCUUAAAGAUGCUUCAAGUCGUAUGGAUGUCAAAGAAGAGGUAACUGGUCCUCAGGAGUUUGCCGACACAUUUGAUCGGGACAUGAGACUUGCUUUAGCUUUGAGUGCGGAGGAAUCUAGGAAGUCUAAGGAACUGGAUAUUGAGCUGCAAGAGGCCAUGAGAAGAAGCUUAGAGGAAUUUUGAUUUAAAGAGACAUGGUUAUAAGGGUUGUGGUGUCUCACCGCUGUCCAUGCACUGUGUUCAUUAAAGAUGUAUUUUGCUUUCUGUGUUGUUCUUUUAUGUGUUAAUAAAAUACAUGAAUAAAAGUGA